UGGUAUGCCUGCAUCGUCUUAAAACUUUGAAUGUUCGAGUGUAUAUUGUGUGUAUAUUAAAUUAUUUGAAAAUUUAGUUAAUUUUACAAACGACUUUCUUAAAGGUAGAUAAGUUAUUAAUUAUAUUCAUCAGCAACGGUAAUGUCAACAGCCAAAAGGCUGGUUUUAUCAUUACGAGGUCGCAAAAAUUCUGAAUGUAAUACAGCGACUUCGUCAACACGUUUAGUAUCGGCUGGUGCCUCACCAGGCCAUGAGCUGGAUGAAAUUGCUGUAGUUUCGGGGACAGGUGAAUCAAGUCAUCAUUUUACUUAUGGUGGCAUCGGUGCAAAUAUAAUUAAUGGACCCCGCUAUUCAACAGAUUUAGGCUCAAAAUUUGGCAUGUCACAGCCAAAAUUUGGCCAAAGUGUUUCACAGCAAGGUUUCUUUACAUCACACGAUAGCCUCGCCACACCAUGUGCAUCACGAGCUUCCAAUUUACAUGUGGCCAAUACAAGCACUGCCUCCGAUAUGGAUCUAUUACACAACAAACAACAAAACGAUCGACGAAAAUCGCGCGGACGUCUGAAAGACAACGAUCAACCACUGCUGGGAACAUGGACACGAUCAACAGGUCGCGGCUCGCAGGAUAACACUUUUAAUGGACCGCAUCAUUUUACGGGAACGUUUUGUAAUGGCACAGAUCGUUAUCCCCGCAAUCGUUCCGGUACAUCGACAACGACAACAACCGCCACACAACAACAAUUCCAACAACAACAAUCCUCAAAUAACAAUUCCUUGCAUCAUCUACAACACUCUGCCUCUAUGUCACAUCCCCAUCAUCAUGCGAAUCAACAGCAGCAGCAACAGCACAACCAACAACAAACGCAAAUCCAUCAGCAUCGUUCCUCGACCACACAACUGCAACAGCAACAGCAUAAACCACCCAGACGCACACCAUCACAGCGUUUGCGUGCCGCAACGGCAGCGCGAAAACUCUAUUUCGUUUUCGAUCCGGCGGGGCGUCUCUGCUAUUACUGGUCGAUGGUCGUAUCGCUGGCCUUCCUCUACAAUUUUUGGGUGAUAAUCUAUCGUUUUGCAUUUCAGGAAAUUAAUCGACGCACAAUAGUGAUAUGGUUUUGUCUCGAUUACUUUUCCGAUCUCCUGUAUCUUAUAGAUAUAUUUUUUCAUUUUCGUACCGGCUACCUGGAGGACGGGGUAUUGCAGACGGACGCCUCGAAAUUGCGUCAACACUAUAUGAAUUCGACAACAUUCUACAUAGACUGCCUGUGUUUGCUGCCAUUGGAUUUUUUAUAUUUAUCAAUAGGAUUUAAUUCAAUAUUGCGAUCGUUUCGUUUAGUUAAAAUCUAUAGAUUUUGGGCAUUUAUGGAUCGCACCGAACGUCAUACCAACUAUCCAAAUUUAUUUCGUUCCAUCGCUCUCAUACAUUAUCUACUUGUGAUAUUCCAUUGGAACGGAUGUCUCUAUCAUAUUAUACAUAAGAACAAUGGUUUUGGUAGCCGCAAUUGGGUCUAUCAUGACUCCGAAUCGGCCGAUGUAGUUAAACAAUAUUUACAAAGUUAUUAUUGGUGUACGUUAGCUUUAACAACGAUCGGUGAUCUACCCAAGCCCCGAUCAAAAGGUGAAUAUGUAUUUGUGAUAUUACAAUUGCUAUUUGGAUUAAUGCUAUUUGCAACCGUUUUGGGUCAUGUGGCGAAUAUUGUGACGUCGGUGAGUGCGGCGCGAAAGGAAUUUCAAGCCAAACUUGAUGGCGUCAAAACGUAUAUGCGUAUGCGACGUGUACCCAAUCAUCUGCAGGUGAAAGUCAUUAAAUGGUUUGAUUACCUGUGGCUGACGCAAAAAUGUUCCGAUGAGGAACGUGCCGUAUCAUGUCUUCCUGAUAAAUUAAAGGCUGAAAUAGCAAUUAACGUCCAUUUAGAUACACUUAAGAGAGUUGAAAUUUUUCAAAAUACUGAAGCUGGUUUCCUGUGUGAAUUGGUCUUACGAUUGCGUCCCGUACUAUUUUCACCUGGCGAUUAUAUAUGUCGUAAAGGUGAAGUUGGCAAAGAAAUGUACAUUGUUAAUCGUGGACGUUUGCAAGUAGUUGCUGAUAAUGGCAAAACCGUAAUGGCUUCAUUAAAGGCAGGUUCCUAUUUUGGAGAGAUAAGCAUAUUAAAUAUGGGCACAGCAGGUAAUCGCCGAACAGCAUCUGUACGUUCGGUGGGCUACAGUGAUUUAUUUGUGCUGAGCAAAAAGGAUAUGUGGGAUGUGCUAAAGGAAUAUCCGGCAGCAAGAGUAAGACUUGAAUCGAUUGCUGUUAAACGCUUAGAGAAAUACAAGAAAGCACCAUUGGAAAAAGUACAAUACUUUAAUACAGUUGCCAUGGGCCGAUGCCAGUCAACGCCGGGCUUAGUGGAGAGUUGUGGCCGUACAACAUUAGAGGAUAUGUAUUUGCCACAGCCACCAUUAGUGCCGCAUUCUGUGCACUUGCAGCAGCGUCAAACGCCCCACGAACAUGUACAACAGCUACAGCAGCAGCAACAGCAACAUUUGCAAAAUUUGGCUUAUAGUCCCCGUUCUAGUCAAACCUAUAUUGAGCGCAUACAACGCACCACAGAGUCACCGGGCUCCUUGAGUCCCAGUGUGCACAGUUCAGAUGAUCGGCCUCGCAGCCGGACAACAUCGCAUCAUUCAACGAGACCACAAUCACAACCAAGUAGAACAGGUCACAUUUGUGAUUCCAGUUCCCACUUGGAUUGUUAUGGCACUGGCACAUCGGCGGUGAGUGUUGUGGGUGGUGGCACAACACCGCUGCUGGGCUCACAUGAGGCAUUAGAGGACGAAAUCAAACGUUUGCGUGAACGUCUACACACAGUGGAAUCGGAAAAUCAAGCUUUAAAUACAAAACUAUCACAGCAGCAGUGGGAUUUGGAAAAUCGUUUGGCUGAAAUAGAAAUGCAAAUAUGCGGUGUCUCUUCCACCUCAAGUCUAGAUCCCGAACACGAAACGGAAGAAAUGGAAAGAAAUCGUGAGAGUAUCAUAUAA